AUGACUUCUUCAACUCAUAUUUUAUUUGAUAACAUUUUUAAUAAUACUCAUUCAGAAUUAGUAUCUUUGCAACAGCAAAUAGAAGAAUUUCAAAUAACUUAUCAAUCUAAUAUUGAAACACCAACAUCUAAUAAUCAAAUUGAACAAUAUUCUUAUAAUCAAGAAGAAUUAGAUGAAUCUAUUGAUUUAGAUAAAUCUAGUUUAAAUGAACCAAUUUUAAAUAAUGAACAAAUAAAUAAAUUUAAACAAAUUUAUUUAAAAAAUAAAAUUGAUAAUGUUGAAAAUAAUGAUGAUAAUUUAAUUCAAAAAAUCAAAAAAAAAUUAGAUAAAAAAGAUGAAGAAGCUCAAUAUAAAAAGUUACAAACUAUUUUAUGUUGUAAUAAGAAAUGUCUUCAAAAUUUAGUUUUUCAUGAACAUGCUAUUACAAAUUAUCAAAAAUUUCAAAAUUUAAACAAUAAUCAAAAAGAUAUGUUUUUAUUAGGAAUAAUAUCUACAACUAUUCGACAAGAAACUACAACAAAAGAUCAAAAACGUAAUAAACUUGCUAGCAAAUAUGUUUUUGAAGGAAUAGAAAUUUGUAAUGAAGCUUUUUUAAUAAUUUAUGGAAUUGGUGAAAAGUAUUGGAGAAAUAUUCGUUCUCAUUUUAUUCAAUAUGGAAUUAGUCCAAGAAUACAUAAAUUAACUGGCAAAAUUAGUAAUUUUGCUAUAUCAUUUGAAAUUGUUUUAGAAGUACUUACUUUUAUAAUUAAUUAUGCAAAUAUUCAUGGUUUACCUUCUCCAGGUAUCUUACGAGAUACUACUACCAAGUGCAAACACACAGUUUAUAAUAAAGACUAA